AUGAUUAACAAUGAAUAUAUUUAUCCGGUUGUUAAACAACCGAGUCAUCCGGGCUUUACGAUCGGUCGUAGAUGGCAUUUAAGUUUUAAUCUUGUUGCUAUUGUAUUUUCACUACUCAACAUUCUAUUUGCCAGUGGUCAAUCAAUUGGUCUCGUGUUGUUUCUAGGAAGUUUUCAAGGGCUAACCGGAGUCUAUUUUGUUCUCUUCUUCUGUUCACUAUCAUUUACAAUAGUAUUUAGUUUAAUGGCAUUAUGGUUCGGCUACAAAAAGCAAAUCACACCUUCGAUGACUGCAUCUCGUUGGAUAAAAUUUAUGAUACUAGUCGGCGUUUUUGACGCACUAAAUGGUUUUCUGUUCGUAUUUAGUUCACAUGGUAGCCGUGUGCCACCCGCGUUGUCGUCCAUACUUAUACAAUUGAUAAUUCCAUUUACAUUUAUAUUUUCGAAAAUUAUUUUACCUAAAAAAUAUCACUGGAGACAUAUAAUGAGUGUAAGUCUUGUUCUUGUUGGUGUUAUAUUUAGUCUUAUACCAACAUUUAAACGAAUGCAUGAUGGUACAGCUGGAACAGAACUAAAAGAUGGAUGGUAUUGGCCAUUCAUAUUUGUAGUUGGUUGUUUGCCAGCUGCUUUAAUGAAUAUUGUACAAGAACAAUUGCAAAUGAAAUUUACUCAACAAGCACGAGAAAAUCAAGAAAAAAUGACCCGAUUUUCAGUUGUGUAUUUUCAAGCUGUUGAAUCGACAUUUCAAUUUUCUACAAUUGCAUUAUGUUUUGCAUUGGAUUUAGUUCCAGGUUUUGGUACAUCAAACAAUAUUGACAAAUUUUGGAGUUCAUUUUCCAAUGGAUUCAAAUGUUUUUUUAAUGAUCCGAGUCUCAGUGGUGGUCGUUGUGGUUAUGCUGGAGCUACAGGCGCUUUAUUUAUUAUUUCCUAUUUAGGAACUUAUAUAACAGGCACAUUUCUUACUGAUCAUGUGUCGGCUAAUUGGCUAUCGAUUCUAUCAUCUAUUUCACCUUUACUAUCGACUUCGUUUUGGUUUAUUUUUCCUUCGGUUAAUAAAUGGGCUGGCGUUGGAGCAAUGGAUAGUUGGGAUAUUGGAUUUAGUCUUGGUGCUCUACCGAUUAUUUUAGUUGGCAUGUUUUUCUAUCGAGGCGGAGGAACAGAUAGAAGAACAGAAGAAGAUGGUUGUUUCACAGAGGAACAUCCUGUUGAACUAUUUUGGUAG